AAAUGAGGCGCAGCUUUCAUGAUGAUGAUGAUGAUGAUGAUGAUUGUGUCGCUGCUGCAGUGCAGACCCUGAACCUGGAGGAGGAAACCAGCAGCAGCAGCAGCAGCAGAUCGGACAGAAGACUUUCAGCACUGUGAGGUGUUUACUGGGCGAAGAUGAGCGACGCAAACGAGCCCAAGAUUGAGCUUUUCGUGAAGGCAGGAAGCGAUGGCCUGUGCAUCGGCAACUGUCCGUUCUCCCAGCGUCUCUUCAUGGUCCUGUGGCUGAAAGGAGUGGUUUUCGACGUCACCACAGUGGAUAUGAAGAAGAAACCAGACAUCCUGAAGGAUCUGGCUCCUGGAGCUCAGCCUCCCUUCCUGCAGUACGGCAACGAGGUGAAAACCGACACCAACAAAAUCGAGGAGUUCAUCGAGUCGACGCUCUGCCCCCCAAAAUAUCCCCGUCUGGCGGCUCGUAAUCCGGAGUCCAACACAGCAGGAGUCGAUAUCUUCUCCAAGUUCUCUGCUUACAUCAAGAACUCAAACCCUCAGACUAAUGACAAUCUAGAGAAAGGCCUCAUGAAGGCUCUGCAGAAGCUGGACAACUACCUCGGCUCCCCACUUCCUGACGAGAUCGAUCAGGACGCCGCCGAAGAGGUCACCUCCUCGUCACGCCCCUUCCUGGAUGGCCAGCAGCUCACCCUGGCGGACUGCAACUUGCUGCCAAAGCUGCACAUCUUGAAGGUGGUGAGUUUGAAGUACAGAAACUUCACCAUCCCAGAGUUUCUGACUAACGUCUGGAGGUACCUGAACGCAGCGUACGCCAGGGAAGAGUUUAGCGCUACCUGUCCUGUCGACACGGAGAUCCUCAUGGCGUAUUCAUCUGUAGCGAAAGCUCUCAAGUAGGACGGCGAUAGGCCGUGUUAAAGUAGAAAAAAUGAUUCCACACAGACAUCAGUAAUCAAAUAUUUACUCUGCAAACAACCAGAAUCUGUUUCCCUGCCGACGGGUAUUUCCUUUAAGCUUUGUUUACCUUUUGAUACGCAGAAUGCACACACCCACAGGUGGAUCUUUGUAUUUAUUCUCUACUUCAACCAGGAUCGGUUACAUCAGCAGGGAGACGAGGGUAAAGUCUAGAUCAGUGGUGUCCAAACUUUUUCCACCGAGGGUCAAAAUGAGCUUUUUCUGUCCGUUAAACAACAUAAAAAUUAUAUUAUCGUGAAUGUUUUCUCCUUUACCUGCACAACAAUGAAUUGAACAAGUUAAUUUUUUUUAAAUCAAAACCAACAUUAGAAUGAAAUUUUCCUUAAUGUUUAUAUUUAUUUAACUUUUUAAGCCAAUUAUUUUCUAUUUUGUUGUUCUGUAAAUUGUGUUUUGUAAAAACUAAAUUCUUUGUGUUUUCCAUUUAAGAUAUAAACUUGCCAUGGAAAUCUCACCCUAAAAUGAUUUUAAAAAGUGUUGCAUCUCAUCCCAAAUUUGCACCAUUUUUUUAACUGCAGUGAGGGGCCACACAAACUCAUUCCAAGGGCCACAAAUGGCCCCCUCGCCGCACUUUGGACACCCCUGGUCUAGAUAAUACAAGUCAAAAUUAAAAUGUUUCUUUCAGGAAGGCUUGCAUUUUCACACACCCUUUUUUUUUAAACAAAAGUAAUUCCGGUUUUUUAUCCUUUACUCACCUGCUUCAUUGAACUUUAACCUCAGAUCAGAGCCGGUUCUACCUUUUCUUUGGUAUUUGGGCAGAAUAACAAUUUGGGGCCCCAAACUCUCACCUAAUAUCGAUGUUUGCUGCUAUUCUCAGCAGAACAAUGUUUUACUUAAACUCUAGGCUGGUAAAAGAUACUAACUCUAUGAUAACCUUUAAGAAAAAACAUAAUAUGGGUGUAAAAGAAUAUAAAGUGGACAUAAUAUGCUAAAUUAAUAUUUUUAUAUGUUUUUGUACUUCCCUACUGCCUACAAAAUCAACCCAAGCUCUUAAAAAAACCACCCAGAUGGGUUUUGGCUAUGGGUUGAUGUCUUUUGGAAAGUUUUCUGUUUCAAAAACCUUCCAGAAUGUAAUGUAACAAAUCAGUCAGCUUGUUACCUAGCAACCCCAGUGAAGUCCAGCCUGUUACCUAGCAACCCAAGCGGCAUGUUUGCGCAGCUGGUUGUAUUCACUGUACUAUUGCUGCUUGAAAAGACAAGUGUUUUGCUGUUGGUUUAUCACCUAGAAACCACUUGCUGCAUUCUUGUUGGUUGUGCUGGAGGCUCUACUAAUGCUUUUCAAAGAUGUAAGGAUGUAUAAUUGCUCAUUUGGCUUUAAAGUGACAAGAUGCCCCAAAACGGCUCCUCAGGAGGAGCUCGAAAUACCAGAAGUAAAGAAUAAUUUUGUGCAAAAAAAUUAAUUAAAAUGUUUCUUAUAGCAAUAGAUUUAUUCUAACUUGUUCAAGGAAGA